AUGGGUUGCACAGUGUUGUUCUCUGGAGACUUUCGUCAGAUCUUGCCUGUGGUUACAAGAGGGACAAGAGCUGAUGAAGUCAACGCGUCUUUGAAAAGAUCCUACUUAUGGCCUUAUAUAAAAAUAUUAGAACUUAAAACUAAUAUGAGAGUGCUAUGUACAGAUCRAGAYAAUAUWAAUUUUGUCAAAGAUUUACUUUUAAUAGGCAAAGGCGAAUUUCAAGUAACGAAUGAUAAAAUAAAUAUUAAAAGUUUCUGUAAUUCAGUACCCACUAUAACAAAAUUGAUUCAAAACGUGUACCUGAACAUUCAAAAUAUAUCUUCUAAAUCAUUGAAAUGGUUUCAAGAAAGGGCUAUUUUGUUACCAACAAAUGAGCAAGUCGACAAAUUAAAUAAUUUGAUUCUAUCUAGGUUUGACGCUCAAUCAMAAAUGUACUAUUCAGUUGAUACAGUUUUAGAAAAAGAGGAUGCAGUCUAUUWCCUARCUGAAUUUCUUAAUUCUUUAACGCCUUCUGGAGUCCCACCUCAUACACUGAUUUUAAAAAUCCUAUUAUUUUAA